GUCAACUUGACAGUUUUGUAAAUUCAUUUCAUUUUAGUUUUUGUUUUAUUUUUACUAAUCUAUCUAUCUAAAUAAAUUGUUUCUAAACAAAACGGGAUACCACUAGAAAGAUCUCUAGUAGAGGUUAAUAGGUACCAUGUCUUUUACUCGACGGUUUUGUUGUGACGACGAAACAGGCGAAACAGUGACUUACGCUAUCAAUAACGAAACGGGAGAACCCUUGAUUAACAAAAUUCCAGAGCUUGUCUACAUGCCACCAGCUUCAGAAUCAGAGCCAGAACCCAGGAACAUUCGCGUAAAUUUCCGGAGAGGUUACAGCACAAAUACGAAAAAGUUUCGUAAUUUACAAGCAAAUAUCUUGGCCGGAUCAAACACUAUAAGUUACAGGUUACUACUGAUACCAACCAUGUUGUUUUUCCCUGCAUUAUUGUGUGCUAUGUUGAUGAUACUGGAGAUAUACCUCCAUGUGAGGUGUCAUAAGAAGAAUAAGUGUUUAAAGGAAGGGAAUAUGUACUACCGCAGUCCAUUCCAUGCAGUGACCAGCACAUUCUGUGGUGCGUGCCGGGAGUCGGAGAGCGCCUGCAAAGUGGGCCAGAUGCAAGACAAGCGUCGCCACAGAUAUGACUAUUUUAGGGGUUUGGCCAUGUGAAGAGUUGGUCUAUAGUUAAUUGUAGGUGUAAGUGUUUUUUUGGGGUUGGAAUAAAAAUAUACUUCUUUCUAUAUAAUAAGUCUGAAAAACCUAUUAGACUAAACUUUGGGCUGGUUUGCAAAGUAUGUAAUGUAUUUUUAAGCUUUAUCUUUAUUCUCAUUAAUUUGAAUCUCAUUUUAAAGGUCACAAAUCACAUUUUAUCCUGUUUUAUUGAAUAAACUUUUAAAGGUUGUCUCACUCUCUAAGUUCUCAGUAAAUAUUGUUUUUAAUUUGAGAAAUAGAUUUUUAUAUCAAAAUAUAAGUGUAUUCACUGUCAAAAGUUUAAUGUAA